GUAUGGUACUGUUAUCAAAAGUAGUUAAGUCUUGUCGAAUAUAUCCGCCCUAUCUGACCAUACGGGAGAUAAGCGCAGCUGUAUCUGGCUUCCGCAAGUAUAAAACUGAUACGGCUAACGCAGAAGUGAGUCGACAGUCUCAAGUUUGUGAUAACUCUAAGAAACCUCGGUACUCCUCAAGAGAGCCUUCAUUACGAAGAAUGAAAUUUAACUACCCAGUUGCAAGAAGAGAUGAAAGUGUAACAGAAGAAUACCACGGAAUAGAGAUAAGUGAUCCUUACCGAUGGCUUGAGGACCCAGAUUCAUCUGAAACAGCUAAAUUUGUUGAUGAACAAAAUGCUGUUACAAGACCCUAUCUCGAUAGUUGCCCAGUGAGAUCAGACAUAAACUCAAGACUUACAGAACUAUGGAACUAUCCAAAGUACUCAUGCCCGUAUAGACAUGGAGAGAGAUAUUUCUUCUAUAUGAAUACUGGACUGCAGAAUCAGAGUGUACUGUAUGUUCAAGAUUCAUUACACUCAGAACCUAGAGUGUUUUUAGACCCCAACACAUUGUCAGAAGAUGGAACAGUUGCGUUAUCUCGAACACGAUUUUCUGAAGAUGGAGAAACAUUAGCAUAUGGACUUAGUAGGAGUGGUUCUGACUGGAUUACAAUACAUUUCAAAGAUGUCAAAAGUGGCAAUGAAUACCCUGAAGUGUUAGAGAAAGUUAAGUUCUCACCAAUGACUUGGACUCAUGAUAACAAAGGAAUAUUUUAUGGUCGAUAUCCGGACCAAGAGGGAAAAACUGAUGGUUCAGAAACAGUUAGCAACCAACAUCAGAAGCUCUAUUACCACCUCAUUGGAACUCCUCAGUCAGAAGAUGUGCUUGUAGUAGAAUUUCCUGAUGAACCAUUGUGGAGAAUUGGUGCUGAAGUGAGUGAUUGUGGGCAGUGGUUGAUUAUUACACCUCAGAAGGACUGCAGAGAUAAUUUGUUAUUUUUCUGUGACCUCAACAUUUUGCCCAAUGGAAAAAUAUCUGGAAAGCUUCCACUGACCCAAGUUGUACAUAAAUUUGAAGCAGAUUAUGAGUAUGUUACAAAUGAAGGGCCAGAAUGUAUUUUCCGCACCAAUAAGGAUGCUCCAAAUUACCGUCUCGUGAAAAUAAAUUUCCUGGAUCCAGUGCAAGAGAAAUGGACAACACUGAUAAAGGAGCAUUCUAAAGAUGUUUUGGACUGGGCUAGUCCUGUAAAUCAAGACAAAUUAGCUGUUUGUUACAUCCAUGAUGUUAAGAGUGUACUACAAUUGCAUGAUUUAAAUAAUGGUAGUUUGCUGAAAACAUUUCCCCUUGAUGUGGGCACUGUUACGGGCUAUUCGGGAAAGAAGAAACAUUCAGAGAUGUUUUACCAGUUUACGUCAUUUCUAACCCCUGGAAUUAUAUAUCACUGUGAUCUCACAAAGGAGGAACUAGAACCAUCUGUCUUUAGAGAGAUAAAAUUCCAGGGAUUUGAUCCCAGUCCAUAUGAAACUAAACAAGUAUUUUUUUCAAGCAAAGAUGGCACACAAGUUCCAAUGUUCAUCGUCCAUAAAAAGGGUCUAGUGCAAGAUGGAAGCAAUCCAUGUCUGCUAUAUGGCUAUGGAGGUUUUAAUGUCAGCAUUCAACCGACAUUUAGUGUUACAAGACUGGUGUUCAUUCAGCACUUUGGGGGUAUAUUGGCUGUAGCUAAUAUUAGAGGCGGAGGAGAAUAUGGGGAAGCUUGGCACAAUGCUGGUAGACUUUUCAACAAGCAGAAUGUGUUUGAUGAUUUCCAGUGUGCUGCUGAGUAUCUUAUAAAAGAAAAAUUCACAUCAAGUAACAAACUUACUAUUCAGGGUGGUUCUAAUGGAGGACUUCUAGUAGCAGCAUGUAUAAACCAAAGACCAGAGCUUUUUGGUGCAGCUAUUGCUCAAGUUGGUGUUCUUGAUAUGCUGAGAUUUCAUAAGUUCACAAUUGGUUAUGCGUGGGUGUCAGACUAUGGCAGUUCAGAUGACCAAAAACAUUUUGAAAAUCUGCUGAAAUUUUCACCUCUUCAUAAUGUGAAAGUUCCAGAUGGAGAUGGAACACAGUAUCCAGCCACUCUAUUGUUAACUGCUGAUCAUGAUGACAGAGUUGUUCCUCUCCACUCCCUGAAGUUCAUUGCAACACUACAUCAUGUUCUGCGAGAUGUGAAGAAACAGACAAACCCUCUGCUUAUACGUAUUGAAACGAAAGCAGGACAUGGAGGAGGAAAACCAACAGCCAAACUGAUAGAAGAAAGCACUGACAUCUUAUGCUUCUUGGUACAAGCACUUGGACUUGAGUUUAAAAAAUGAAGAAUCUAUGGUUCAUCAGGAGAUAAUACUACUGAAGAUGAAGACUAUUUGGAAAGUCCCAUCUGCAGAAGAUCCUUGUGUACUUACAAGCAGAAUUAACCACCAUCACAUCUGCCAAGGCCUAAGGAUUUCUGAGAAGCAUUUGAUUGUGUGUGUGUGUGUGUGUGUGUGUGUGUGUGUGUGUGUGUGUGUGUGUGUGUCAGAGAGGGGGGGGGAGAGAGAGAGAGAGAGAGAGUUCAGUUCUGUUUGUCAUUGUAUGUAUGUACAGUGUCGAUAUUAAUUAUAUUUGACAUGCAGAUAUGCCUCAGAAGGAAAAAGUUUUGCCAUGCAUGUGAUGUAUGCUAUAUAUUGCAUUUUUUUCUGUUGUAUGCUGUUUUUUGCAGUGAAUCCCAAUGUUCGUGAAUAUUGAAAAAAUGAUCACAUCACGCCAUUUAUAAUGGGGCACUAUACUUUGUGUACAGUGCUGAGUAUUACACAAUACAUAUUGUAACAGGCGUGUCAAAACUUUGAACUGUUGGCUGUGUAAUUUUAGAAGGAAAUGGAGAUUAAUACGCUAGUAAUAAUUGUUUGUAAUGAUGCCCCUGAACAAAACAAGUGUUGCAUUUUAUGGAAUAUUUAUUAUUAAGGUGUGGUAAUUUUUAGACUGUGGACUUAUUUUUGGCACGUCUUUGAGAGAAAUGCGUUGAGCUGAAGAUACCAAAGGUGUAAAAUUUACAUUACCUGUAAGGCUUUGUGCACUAGUGCUUCAUAACUUCUAAAAGUACAAAUUAAUGGAGGCUAGGAGGCAGUUAUGAACAGUAAAAUGAUAUUCUGUGAUGCAUUGUUGUUUAUGUAAUCCAUUGCUUUACAAUUUCAAAGCAAUUAAAUAAGUUACUUUUUCCUAACUUCGCAAGAUCUCACAUUAUUUUGCUAUAAUUAGCUACUGUAUUUCGAAAUCUGUAUUUGUCCAGAGUUCAGUAUUUAAAAUUUAUAUACAUUAUUUGCUCAAUGGCGGUGGUUUUACUGUCAGUCACAAAUUAUUUAUUUAUAACAGUGACAAAAUGGUACCACUCCCACUCUCGUCUUUGAGCUGUUUGGUGGAUUUAAAAGUAAUUGCCACAAAAUAUUAGCUCUUAUCUUAAGCUUAACUUUCACCUAGAUCUGAUGUAUAUAAAAUAUCACUAAAAAGCUGCUGUAUUUCAAGAAAAAAGUAAACCCUGUGUGUCAUAGUAUGAUGUGUUAGAAGAAUUUGACAUUAAACUGUCUGUUGGAUCACUAUAAAUAAUCAUGGCAUGUAACAUGUGUGCCAUGAGAGGGAUGUAUUUGGAGUAGUUCACAGGUUUGUUGUCUCCUGUUAGGAAUGAAUUUCUUUUCUUCAUUAGUAAGGAAAUGUGAGAGACAAAAUUUGUUAAAUUAUUCAGUUGUUAGGUAUAGUAUGCGAUGAUAUCUGUAUUCCUAUAUUACAAUGUCACAAAUUUUGGCUUCAAAUAGUUUGCGACCUUAAAUUGUUGUAUAUGGGCAAAGAAGUAACAAAUGUGUAUUUGGUGUGCUUUGUUUUGGUCUCAGUGUAAUUUAUUGUUGCCAUUUUCUUUUGAAAAGUUUGACUAGUAGGAAAACAGUGGUUAUCUGUGUUUCAUUUUUCAUAUGGGUCAAUCCUGGGUGUUGUACAAGAAGUGGAAUGUAUCAAAAUAACCACCCACAGGCACAAUGUGGUGGGGGCACUGAGUGGUGGGUAGGCACAUCAAGAACUGAAAUGUGAUGUUUCAGCUUAAAAACUUCCAUUUUUCUUCAGGGUUUAAUAUGUGUGUAUUGUUGAUAUAUUUUUUGAUUGAUGUAACUCGAUCUACAGUUCUCAUUAAUGGUGGGCUGAACUCCAUUGGUAACAAGAGCACAUUUACCAGAGUACUACUGCCUUUAAAAUGAAAAUGUGAAAGUUAGUACUGAAAAUUCAGUUUCUUUUAAUAUAUUUGGAAUACCUUCACUACAAAACCAGACUAAAACAAGAAUGAUCACAAAUUGCACUGGUUUACUAUCUGUGGAGUAGAAAUUACAAAAUUGUUUCCCUCAUCUGCAGCUAAGAACGAAUUAAAGAAAAGUGGUAGGGAGUUCACAAGUGAAUAUGGGUGAGGGGCACAACAUCUAGAUAAGAUUAUUUUCAUUGCAUAACGUAGUCACUUGAUUGAUUGAGAGAGAGAGAGAGAGAGAGAGAGAGAGAGAGAGAGAGAGAGAGAGAGAGAGAGCUAAUUAUUGCAUGACUCAUAUUCUCACUGUCAGAACGUAUUUGGUUGUCUAUUUGUAGGUGAUAUACUGUAAUUCGCUGUUCUGUAUGAAGAGUCUGAGUGGAUAGUUCAGACAGUGAAGGAGUUCUCCAUACUAAGUUUUUCCAGCUAAAAUUUACUCAUUUAAGAUACCUGUAAAUUAAAUUUCCUUUUACUGGACAUUUUGUCGUAGACAAUAAAUUAAAAAUUGUUUUAAACAGGGUUUAGUAUCUGAUGGAAACUUCCUAUGUUUUGCUUCAAAAUACGAAGUAACAAAAGUAAUUAAUGAUAGUUCCUCUACACUAUUCCUUUUCAUAUGUUCAUUGCAUGGCAGCUUAAUCUUUACGAUCUGAUUCUUCAUCCUUAAUUCAUUUCUAAUUACAUAUCUAAUAGUUCUUGUGUGACUUCUAACACGGGUAGAGAUACAGACGUGAAGUUAUUGAAAUCAGUGCUCCGAAGGUGGGAACUGUAAUGUGUACUAUGUGCUGUUAUAUUUAGGCAGAGAGAUUUUAUGAUUCAGAAGUUUUUCUCUGAUUUUUUUAAACUAGUCGUAUUGCCUGUAAAAUACAUGUUUACAAAAUUGUAAUGCUUAUAAUGGGUGAUAAUCGAAGAAGUGGCUUAUAAAUUUUGUAUAUAUAUCAAGUUUAACAAGAUACAUAUGGAUUGUCAAGUGCAUGUGUCAUAGUUAAGAACUUCGCUGUAACAGUUUUCUGUUAAUAUACAUAUAUAUUUUUGGAUAUAUUUGUUGUUUCAGUACAGGUAAGAUGCAGUUUCAAGCAUGUUAAGAGGCAACUGAACAGGUGCAGUAUGCAUCUGACUGUGUCAGAAAGCUGUAACAUACUACUCAAAAAUAACUUUAAUGCCAGUUACUCAUAUCAUUGUUAGCUGUUACUAAUGUUUUUGUAAGUGGUGAUUGUGUCGUCAGUGAUGUGUUCCACUGAACUCAUAAUUGCUAAUUUUAGGAUGUAGUAAUAAAUCAUUGGUAGGUGAAGCAUUAACACUACAGUUUACAAAAUAAUCUAAACUAUUUAGUGUAUUAAGUCUUUUUGUUUUACUGUAUAUGUACAUGAGACUCCAGUUGGAGAUUGUGCAAGAACUUGUUAGUAUAUUUUUACUUUUGCCAGUGCUACUGGUAUGGUUAUUGUGCCAGAAUUUCUACAGUCCUGUCAAUUUGUUAACUAUUGAUUCCCUUCAUACUGGUGUACUUGUAGAGCUAAUUCAAAUUUAAUCAGCCCCUAAUGUUGCUGUAACGACAGGGUGACGGUUAUUGAACUACAUGAAAAAGAAAAAAAGAAAAACGCCAUAAAUUAGUUACAAACUAAAGUGUGUACUCACUUUAUUCAAAAUGUAAACAUCACUACAGAUUUUUGGCUCUAGUUAUGACUUCUUGGAUUUGUUGCCAUCAUUGACGAUGUGGCGCAGACGAAUAGUGAAAUUAUGCACGACCUGCUGAAGUGUGGAACAUCAGUGAUCUCCUGAAUAGCUGUUUUCAGCUCAGCAAUGGUUUUUGGGGUUGUUGCUCUACAACUUGUCUUCUAUGUAGCCCCCACAAAAAGGAGACACGUGUUCAGAUCAAGAGAAUAUGAUGAUCAAUCAAGGCCAAUGCCAGUGGCCUCUGGGUACCCUACAGCCAGAAUGCAGUCCCCGAAGUUCUCCUCCAGGACAUUAAACACUCUCCUUCUAUGAUGGCAUUGAGCUCAGUCUUGUAUGAACCACAUCAUGUCGAAAUUAGGGUUACUUUGGCUAAUAGGGAUGAAAACAUCUUCCAGAAUCUUCACAUACCGUUCAGUAGUCACCACUCCAUCAAGGAAUAUCGCGCCAGUUAUUCCGUGACUGGGCAUUGCACACCACAAAGUCAUCCAUUGAGAAUGAAGAGACUUCUUGAUAGUGAAAUGCGGAUUCUCUGUCCUGCAGAUGCACCAAUUUUAUUGACGAACCCAUCUAAAUGAAAGUGGACUUCGUCACUAAACCAAAGAUACCAAUUCACAUCAUGUCCUGCAGUCAACCAUGCUUUUUGAAUGUCCUAACACAAACCAUUCAGAAAUUAUGAUUUUUAUUUAAUAUAUUUCAAUAACUGUCACCCUGUAUAAUCAUUUACCACCAGUGUUGUGUCUAGACAAGACAGCCUAGACACAAUGAGAGGAAGCCGAAAGGCACGCGCUAAGCUAAAGCAGGAUGGCGUGAGGUCUGAAACAGGAUACGUAAUGAAUGCUAUAAAGAAAAGUACAUAGCUUCUGGAAUACUUAACUUUAAUCCAUCCUUUUGGUCCAUCUGGAGAUUGUGGCGAUACAAGUGAGACUCUUUAGAUACAUGCAAUGUUACUAAUGGCGCCUUGCUAGGUCGUAGCCAUUGACUUAGCUGAAGGCUAUUCUAACUAUCUGCUCGGCAAAGGAGCGAGGCUUCGUCAGUGUAGUCGCUAGCUACGUCGUCCGUACAACUGGGGCGAGUGCUAGUCAGUCUCUCGAGACCUGCCUUGUGGUGGCGCUCGGUCUGCGAUCACACAGUGGCGACACACGGGUCCGACAUGUACUAAUGGACCGCGGCCGAUUUAAAACUACCACCUAGCAAGUGUGGUGUCUGGCGGUGACACCACAACCAGAAUACACAAAGCCCUGUCCUUACAUUCAUUCUUGUAGUUUUGUGCUAGUAUUUUGUCAGUUGUAAUUCAGUUUUCUUCUUCAUGUGCUUCUCUCUAUUUCUUUCUACUUACUACUACGUCUCAUUGAGUGAAUCAGUUUGUGGUGAUUUGUGGUCAUUUACAGUCUCCUUCAGCCAUCUCUCUACUUUUUCCCCUCAGUUCUGCAACAGUAUGCUGCCUCUGUAAAACUUAAUUUUCUCAUGUUUACAGAUAAAUUCUCUGUCCUUCUAUCACAACACCAAUCUUCUACAUGGCUGUCAUAUCAUCCAUCUACUUGCUGUAUUUAUUAUAGAUGUGUCAAACUUUGUCACCCAUGUAAAGUAUACAGUUGCAGAGACAAAUAUAUGCAUACUUUCUUCUGUGUUGCUUCAGAUGGCAGUCAGAAAUUUACUUGUACAAGCAGCCAUUAAUAAUAACCAUGCAGAUCUGAAACCACUGGCAUCAGGCCAUUGACACUAGUAUUACAUGGAUGUUCCAUGAGGACUAGUCAUUUUCAUUCAUAUUGUUCACAAUAAAUACACUAAUCAGAACUUUUCAUUUGCACAUUUGGUGCUGUUAUUGUUGAUUUUUGCUUAAGUGAAUGUUAUAGGGAUUGCUCUUAUAUGAUGGUUUGCUAGCCAUGUGUGCAAUAUUCUCAUUUAUUUGGCAAAUCUGCAUUGGUACAUGGUACAAGUAUUUGCAGUGGAAAAAUUAAUGAAAUAAUACAGAGUUCCAGAAGUCUUAUUCUGCAUUUAGUGACAAAAUUUGUCAUUUUACAUUCCUUCGACAUUGUCUGAACUGCUUGGCCUCUCUCCCAGUUACCAUUUCAGAGUUCACAACACCUAUAUUUUAGUCAAAUUUAUAUAACUUUCAUGUUUAGUGUGUUAGAUUGAUAAAUUUAUCAGCAAUAAAUUAAAUGCCAUCAAGUUCAGGACAUUUUCUUCCCAGAUGCAAUUUAUGGGUCAAAGAAGUUAAAUGAAAUGCUUUUUUUAUUUGUUAAUUUAUUGUGGGUGUGCUAUGUUUCUUCGUAAUUGAAGCAUCCUACGUGUAUGAAUUUUUUGAAACUGAAGAAUACCUCAGGUCUGUCGCAUGUAUAAAUGGUAACAUUUUAAAAGUGCUUUAAAGAACUGUUAUGUACUUAAUGAAAUACACACAAUCUGUAAACUGAGGGAGUUUUGAUAAAAUAUACUUUAUUUUGUACAUAUGUACUCUGUAUUAUACAGAUAUUAAAACAAAUAAAAAUUCAUAAAGGAUUUUCAUACAUUUUAACAGCAGUUUUAUGCAAAAUAAAAAGCAGUAGC